CUCGCACAAUGGAGGCGAGCAAGGGCUACAGUCGCGCGAUGCUGGAAGCACUAGCAACCGCAAACCCCAACGAGCUUCGUGAUGCACUGAAUGAGCUAAUGUCCGUUCGCGGUCACUUGAAGCAGCUCUCGUUUGGCGACAAAAUGGACCUUGCCAGUCGCCUCGCCAUGGCACUUGCAUCCCUACGUCUCGACAACUCUGUCAACAGCCUACGUCUACUUGACGUCACUCGGUCGCUUCUGGUGUCCCUCUUGGAUAAGGCCAAUGGUGCAUUAGCCCGAGCGGUACCAGAAGUCCUCGAAGAACUGCUGGGCGCACUGGACCUCACUACGGCGUCGCAACAGUCUGUUCCAGCGCACAUGCAAUUGAUUCACUUUACAACGUUGGCGAUUGCUCUCGAAUGCCUCGACUUGCCAAAAACCAACCCGCUGUGGCUUCGACUCGACCGUCAUCUCGGACCCGUCUUCACGUCAGUAGCCGCCAGCGGUGAAAAGACGUCAUUACCUCCUCCUUCCGACGUACCAUCGGCGUCAUGGCCGUCAUUUGACCACUGCCACGACGUGGCAGUGGUUCGCAGCAUUCAGAAUUUCCUUGGCACACACGUCACGGAAACACGAACACCGCUGCAGUCUGAGUUGUUUGCAAUUGCUCACUGGGUUGCUUUCGUUGCUGGUUUGUGCAUCAUCGUUGCUUGGAUCUUCAAUGCGACGACAACAUUCAACACGCUCGGAGUGGGUUUGGUGUGCUAUGGAGGUAUUCAGGUCUGUCGACACAGGGAACGAUCACGCCAACGGCAUGCGUUGCUACGGCUUGCUCUGCACCGCUGCGAAUUGCCAUACGCUGGCGACACGUGGUGCACACCUCCACCGUCGGACGAUAAGGCCAAGCCCACCGUGAACAAGAUGCCUCGGCAAGUUGCUUCGGCAUGGUCAGAGCCAUCGGGAGGUGAUCACGGCAACAGCGAGGGCCAUCUCGCAGUCAUCCAUGAAGAAGACCACGAGGCGAACGAGAUGCCGAAGAACCCACCCGUCGAUUCCUCCAUUUUGUCUCAUAUCAAUCCAGCGGAAAUGCUCGAAACACUGCAGCGACUGAAUUCUCUCCUCGCCGCCGACGACGACGUAAGCGCCGAGACGCGCGAAAAGGUCCAACGAGGACUCCAAGUGCUUGAGCAGAUGGGGACGAUUCCGACUGACGAAUUGAAACACGCAGGGACAGACAAAUAGCAGUCUCCAUAGCGACGAUACCGUGUGCGCAGCCACCAUCGACAACCUUGUCUCGCGCACCAACGUCGACAGUAUAUGGGUAGCACAGGAUCGAAUGGAAUGAUUAGACCGAAAAGAUGAUGCGGUGAAACCACUGAUUCGCUCGUGC